CUUAACCACUGAAGAUGAGUUAUUGCUGAGGUUAGAGAAUGCAGGGCAAAGUAACAAGAUUAGGAGCCUAAAGUGAAGUUAUCCUCAAUGUCCCUAGUGGGUGAUUGGUGAGUCACAGAAAAGAAAAGUGUAAAUCUUGUUCCUCUGGAUCUUUCUGGAUGAUGGUGGAGUUUAGCAGAUGCAUACUUAAAACUCAAAACCAAAGCAACCUACUUUAAAAUGCUGGGACUACAGCAGGGAACAAGACAGAAAUCAUCCCUCCCCUCCAUUCACACCAGGAAAACUCCCAGAAACAUAAUGCAGAGGGGCAAAAGGCAUUGGUGCUGGUGGUGGCAUAUGGAUGUGUGAAAGUUACAAGCGUUGGAAAAGGGAGUUGUUUAAAGAAGGAAGAGUUUCCCAGAGAAGGAGAGUUUUGAGCCAAAUUUGGAAGGAGAUGCACCAAGGGGAGACCAUUCCAUUGAAGAAAUACUUCAGAAGUUAAAGGAUCAAAUAAGGAGAGAUAAUCAACACACAUACACCUAGAUAAACAUUCCACCCUGGUGACAAAUACUACCCUUCUCCAGCUGCCCUCUUCCUCAGUGUUGCUCCCCUGCCGCCCACUGCUUACCUCCAUGGCCCUUAGUGCCAAUUUUGUGUCCUGGAAGAGUCGUACCAAGUACACCAUUACACCAGUGAAGAUGAGGAAGUCUGGGGGCCGAAACCACACAGGCCGAAUCCAAGUGCAUGGUAUUGGUGGGGGCCAUAAGCAGCGUUAUCGCAUGAUUGACUUUCUGCGGUUCCGGCCUGAGCUGGAAACGAAGCCAGGACCGUUUGAGGAGAAGGUCAUCGUGGUCCGCUAUGAUCCCUGUAGAUCAGCAGACAUAGCUCUGGUUGCGGGGGGCAGCCGGAAACGCUGGAUCAUUGCCACAGAAAACAUGCAGGCUGGAGAUAUCAUCCUGAACUCUGACCACAUAGGCCGAAUGGCAGUUGCUGCUCGGGAAGGGGAUGCACAUCCUCUUGGGGCCUUGCCUGUGGGGACCCUCAUCAACAACGUGGAGAGUGAGCCAGGCCGGGGGGCCCAGUAUAUCCGAGCUGCAGGGACGUGUGGUGUGCUGCUACGGAAAGUGAAUGGGACGGCCAUCAUCCAGCUGCCCUCCAAAAGACAGAUGCAGGUUCUGGAAACGUGCGUGGCAACAGUAGGCCGGGUGUCCAACGUCGAUCACAACAAACGCGUCAUCGGCAAGGCUGGGCGGAACCGCUGGCUGGGCAAGAGGCCUUCCAGCGGGCUAUGGCACCGCAAGGGGGGCUGGGCUGGCCGCAAGAUUCGGCCACUGCCCCCCAUGAAGAGUUAUGUGAAGCUGCCCUCGGUAGUUGCUCAGGGCUGAUAUCCCUGGAUUCUAAUAAAAUCGCCCCCCAUUUUAA